AUGUACUGGAAUAACAGGACCUUCAACUCUGACUUCAUUCUGCUGGGGAUCUUCGACCACAGCCCCACCCACACCUUCCUCUUCACACUCGUCCUGGCCAUCUUCUUGGUGGCCCUGAUGGGGAACUCGGCCAUGGUCCUCCUCAUCCGCGUGGACGCCCGGCUGCACACACCCAUGUACAUCCUGCUCAGCCAGCUCUCCCUCAUAGACCUUAUGCUCAUCUGCACCACUGUGCCCAAGAUGGCCUUCAACUACCUGUCCGGGAGGAGAACCAUCUCACUGGCCGGCUGUGGAACCCAGAUAUUCUUCUAUGUCUCACUGCUAGGAGUGGAAUGCUUCCUGUUGGCAGCCAUGUCCUAUGACCGCUAUGUGGCCAUUUGCCAGCCCUUGAGGUACCCGAUUCUCAUGAGCCACAAAGUGUGUGGGCUCCUGGCAGCUGCAUCCUGGCUGUUGGGCUACUCUGACGGCAUUACUGUCCUUGUGGUUGCGUUGUCCUUCCCGUACUGUGGUGCCCGGGAAAUAUCCCACUUCUUCUGUGAUGUCCCUUCUAUGCUCACACUCUCCUGCACCAGCACCUCGGACUUCGAAAGGCUGAUGUUCACCUGCUGUGUAGUCAUGCUCCUCUUGCCAGUUGUCAUCAUCAUCGCCUCUUACGUCCGGGUGAUUCUGGCUGUCCUUCGCAUGGGGUCUGGGGAAGGACGGCGCAAAGCCUUUGCCACCUGCUCCUCCCACCUAAUGGUGGUGGGAAUGUACUACGGGGCAGGCAUGUUCAUCUACAUGCAACCCAUUUCCCAUCAUUCUCCAACCGAGAACAAGAUGGUGUCAGCCUUCUACACCAUCCUCACCCCCAUGCUGAACCCCCUCAUCUACAGCCUGCGGAACAGGGAGGUGGCCAGGGCCUUCAUGAAGGUGCUUGGGAAGGGGAAGUUCGGUCAGCGGAUGGGCUGA